AUGGCAUCAUCCGCUAACAAUGGCUUCCUGUUGACCGACUACAAGAUCACCGCCCACAUCACCGAUGCAUGCUCCCUGACCACGCUGGAACAGCGCUACACCAACAACUUGGCCAAUGCCGUUGAGGCCUUCUACAAGAUACCCCUGCCACCCUAUGCCGCAGUCAACUCGAUGGAGAUUGAGUACGAUGGACGCGUACUACAUGGUCAGAUCAAUGAGAAAGAGGAGGCUGAGAACAAAUACAAUGACGCAAUGGCCAGUGGUCGCGGCGCAUUCCUCGCGCAAAAGCUGGCCAACGGAUUCUUCAAGGUGUCGUUGGGCAACAUCAUGCCCAAGAAGGACGUGGUUAUCAGGGUGACCAUCAUCUCGCAGAUCUGUACUGUGAUCGACUCGCUGCACUACUGUCUCCACCGCUACAUGUUCCCGCUCAACAGGUUCAACCUGACAGUGAACAUCACUCUGGACAUGUCCACGCCAAUCACCGACAUCCUUAUCGAUUGUCCACAUCAGCUCACGUAUCAGGAUAAUGCACAUCACAAGGCAUUGGUGACGAUCAGUCAGGUUGGCGUAACCAACAACAUAUUGGCCAUUGUGACCACGGCCAAUGCCAGCAUGCCAUCAUGCUACAUUGAGCACAAUGGCGCUGAUCAGACCUAUGCCGCCACGCUGUCCUACUAUCCCCAGCUGGGUCACUUCUCCUUCGAGACAAUGGCACAAAAGUCCGAGGUGGUGUUCUUGGUCGACUGCUCUGGUUCCAUGAAAGGCAACAGUAUCCAAUCGGCCAAGCGUGCGCUCGAGGUGCUAAUGCGAUCACUCAACGAGAGUAUCAAGUUCAACAUCUAUCUGUUUGGUAGCAGGUAUGUCAAGCUCUACAAACAAUCCACACCAUACAACGACAAGUCUCUGAGUGAGGCCAGUACGUGGAUUGACGACAAAGUGCAUGCUACCUUUGGAGGCACCAACAUGUGUGAGCCACUCACCGAGAUCAUGGAGUAUCCAUACAACCCGGAGUACCCUCGCCAGGUGUUCGUCCUCACCGAUGGCCAGGUGUGUGAUCGCGAGAAAAUCCUCAACAUGAUGAGCAAACAGUCGUCAUCGACAAGAGUGUUUGCCCUGGGCAUUGGACGUGGAGUGGACAGGAACCUGGUGAUUGGACUCUCCCAAGUGUGCAAGGGCUACUACUCCUUCAUUGCCGAUCGCGAUCCAAACAUGGAGGCCAAGCUACUGCCUCUGCUCCAGAUCGCACUGGAGCCUAUGCUCUCCAACAUCACUGUUGACUGGGGCACUGGCAUCAAGGUCACUCAGGCACCAUCAAUCAUUCGACCUGUGUUCAUGAGUGAGCGAAUGAUUGUGCACGCUCUGAUUCACACUGUCGAUGAUCCCACCAAGGAGCACACAGUUCUGGUCAAUGGCACCGACCCCUCGGGCAACGUGUUCAGCUAUCCCGUCAAGUUGGACUUCUCCCAGGCCGUCCUUGGCGAUGACUCUGAUCUCAUUCACUCAGUCACUGCCAAUCUCAUCAUUGCCGACUUAGAGCAACUCGAGGAGAAGAAGGCACAGGACCACAAGGCGACCAUCGUCCGACUUGGCAAGCGAUAUGGAUUGGUCUCCAAGCACACAGCAUUCUUUGUCGACUGUGACAAUGACCAGCCAAUCUUGGACAACCCAGUGACUGCCGACAUCCUUGGUGGCGUGCCAAGUUAUGGUGGAAAUAUUCCAAACUCUAUCUCUUUGAGUGUCGACAGUGCACAAUACAAGGGUGGUGGCGCAUGCUGUGGUGGCGGUGGUGGUGGCGGCUAUAGCUCAAGCAACUACCCUCAAAAGGAUGAGACACCCAUCUCCCAGUCUGAUGUGAUGGCCAACAAGAAGGUCAUGGAUAUACUGAGGCUGCAACAAGCCAAUGGAUCAUGGAAAUCAUCUUGCAGGUUUGAGUUUGCCGUGGCCAGGCCGGGGCAAGAUAUUGUCAACGCAGACAUUUGGACCACAAUCUAUGUGAUUGCAUACCUCCAGAAGUAUUGUGCUGCCACCGAGACCUCGUGGUCCCUCGCCGUUGCCAAGUCAAUCAAGUGGAUCAAGAGUCAGUUGGAUGGCAACGAGUCAAUAACCUAUGAGUCUUUGUUGGAACUUGCCAGACCAAUGGUUGUAUCAUCCAACUUGCAUGAUGCUAACAUGUAUAGAACAUACAUAAAGAUGCCAAAGAAGAAUAUAAAGAAUAAUAAGAUAAAUGAUAGUAAUAUCAACAGAUUCAAUUCGAUGAUAUCGAUGUUUGAAACAGAGAAUGGAGCUGACAAUGAAGUUGACGAUGUAUCAACUACAACUGUUACAUCAACAUCGACAGCAACAACAGAGACGACAUCAACUUCGAUAUUGAGUGAUCCAAACUUAUACAAGGAUAAGAAGAGACUGAAGGAACAACAGGAAGAUGUUGGAGAUGAGCAGACACAGCGUGCCGAGAAGAAGAAGAAGAGAUUGCCACCACCACCCGCCGACUUGCCCGUCUCAACUGGCAACGGCAACAACAACACAAACAACAACAGCAAUAGUGAUGAGAUCAAGAAAUUGAAGGAUGAGUUGGAGAUGCUGCGAGAGGAGUUUGAAUCACGUGAAGCAGAGAUCAAGUUGCAGGAGAAGGAUCUGAGGAAGAAGAUGAAGGACUUGAAGGAGCAGAAGAAGGAGGCAAAGGAUGCUUUGGAGAAGGUGGCACCACGUAGCUUCUCAAAGACUGCGACCAAGUCCAUAGCGAUCCCCGCCAACAUCCUGGACGAUGUGACCUCGGACGAGAUGACCACAUACUUGGUGGAGAUGAUAUCGAGAGUGUCCACGCUGUUUGCCGUGGACGAGGUGAUCGUCUACCGCUCUGCCGUGUCAAACUCACGCUCGGACAGAUUGAUGAAGUUGCUCGAGUACAUCGAGACGCCGAGGAACAUCAGACAUCACCUAUUCGACCUCAGAGACGAGGACUACCAGCACGUCGACAAGUUGAAGAAGAUGGAGGCAGCGCAUCACAACACCAAUCUGCGUUGGACACGUUUCCGCGAGGGCAUCGUGUCGCACAAGAGCGAGCAGGGCGCAUCACUGGUCGACGUGGGUCUUGGCCCAGGCAAGGAGGUCGUGGCCGACAAGCUGAUCAAGACAGGCGUGCGUGUCACCCUGGAGAUGGAGGAGGACAAGGGCGCAGCCAAGGGCGCCGGCGCCCUAAAGAAGGGCAAGCUGGUGUCUCCACAGGAUGUCAAGGCUGCUGGACACUACUGGGGAUACCAAAUCCGUCGUGUCGACACAUUGGACGAGGCGGACGAGACAUGUCCCUACGAAUCAGGCUACGACUGUCGCGUGAUGUUGUCAAACGAGGCAUCCGAUGCCACACCAGUGGAGAGCGUAAACUUCAAGGGCACCGAUCAAUUCCAGCACAUACUAAUUAUCUUUGGCGAGAAAGAGAGUACUUUGAGCAAGCCUGCCGACUACAUCAUCAAUCCCUUAGGUUCGGAGAUCAUCUCCAGGCGACCAAGAUUCGAAGAGUCACUCACAAUAUCAUUAUCCAUGCUGGUUAAUAAAUUGUACAGUGUCUAA